AUCAUUUCGUCAACAUAACAUCCAACCAUCACCAUUAAUCGUACGGUUUCUAAUGCCCCAACGUGCAUGCUACCGUAACCCAAGCAGCAGCAUAUAAAAGUACAAACCUAUAUAUACACGAUGACAUGACGUCAAAGAUGGCAAUCAUCGGACUUCAACUGCAACAAAGGUUACCUGUCUUGGCUGGUGUUAGUUAUUCUUGUUUGACUUCUGCUACCGCCGUUAAUUCUGUUUCUAGGCUGAAAAAAUGGAACAAUGGUGGUAGACUGCCACGUAGGCUGGUGCUAGGCUUAGGGGCUUCAUUUUGGGCUCAGUAUAUGAACAUGGCUGGCAACUGCAAAUCAUUCAUUGCUUCUGCAAGGCAAAAGGGUGCUGUUGAACAGGUGUUGCAGAAUGUGGAAUGGCCAGAACAGUUCCCCUUCAAGGAUGAGGAUUUCCAACGCUUUGAUGAAUCACCGGAUUCAUUGUUUUAUGAAGCUCCGCGCUUUGUUACACAUAUUGAUGAUCCAGCCAUUGCAGCACUUACUAAGUACUAUUCAGAAGUUUUCCCUCCCAGCAAUACUCCAGGAGUGAGCAUCUUGGAUAUGUGCAGCAGUUGGGUCAGUCAUUUCCCAAAAGGAUACAAGCAAGAACGAGUAGUUGGAAUGGGCAUGAAUGAAGAAGAGCUCAAGCGAAAUCCUGUUCUAACCGAGUAUGUUGUGCAAGACUUAAAUUUGAAUCCUAAUUUUCCUUUUGAAGAUAACUCCUUUGAUGUCAUUACUAAUGUGGUCAGUGUUGAUUAUCUAACAAAGCCUCUUGAUGUUUUCAAAGAGAUGCGCCGGAUUCUUAAGCCUGGUGGAUUGGCUAUAAUGAGCUUUUCAAAUCGUUGCUUCUGGACAAAAGCAAUUUCUGUAUGGACAUCCACUGGUGAUACUGAUCAUGCUGUGAUUGUUGGGUCAUACUUCCAUUAUGCUGGUGGAUUUGAACCUCCUCAGGCUGUUGAUAUAUCUCCUAAUCCCGGACGCUCAGAUCCUAUGUACAUUGUUUACUCUAGGAAGCUCUCGUCUGCUUAAGAAGCUAUCAGGCUGAAGAUUUUGAGAAUUUUCUUCCAAUCAAUGAGUUUCUUUUCUUUACCCUUUUCUGCAAUCCUAGGAAGGGAAACAAAGUAUCUCUGAAGUCCAAUCAAAACCACAACCUGAAAGCUUAAUGCACAUCUUGAUGUUGUGACACUGAAAAACCCCAUUGUUUCCCCAUGCACUACACCUCUGUUAUCUUAUCAUCCGGCUUCUUGUUUUCUUACAUUUUUCGAUAUUAAUGUGAUCACAUUACAAGAAA